GCACUAUUCUCCUCUGGUGCAUAAUAAUAUUCUCAGCGGCAAACAUCCUUACAUAAAAGGCCCCCCAACACAUCACACGAAUCAAGGAACUCCUUUCUUUGGUUUUUCUUCUCGAUACCGUGGAGAUCCUGCUAUCUUAAUCCACCUCGCAACCUGUCUCCUGGCUCCCACCUUCUCCCCUUCCUGCACUCCAUCCUCCAACUAGCUCCCUAUCCCCUCCCCCUUGAUCGCAGUGGAGCAUUUCCUCCUUUCUUACUGGAAGCCCUAACAUCCACCUCAUCCGCUAUUACAUACACUCCGAGCACGUCCCUCUUCCGGUCCUCUAUCCAAACUCAUCGCCUUCACGGAAGCUCACAGAAAAGAUGGCCGGUUCAAGGAAUUAUGACUUCCUGGUACCUGAUCGCCCCCUCCUCUCUUCCCCCACGUUAUCAAUAAAGUGGGAUAGUUUUGACUCACUGGUAUUCUGCUCUCUCUGGUAUAGAUAAAACUUCUCCUGAUCGGUGAUUCCGGUGUCGGGAAAUCGUGCUGUCUCCUCCGGUUCAGUGAGGACUCUUUUACCCCGUCUUUCAUUACCACUAUCGGUAUUGAUUUCAAGAUCCGAACAAUCGAGCUGGACGGUAAGAGGGUCAAGUUGCAGAUAUGGGAUACUGCCGGUAUGUUCAUUGAUUCUGAUUCUGUACAACAUCCAUCUCAUCACUUCCCAUAUCUUCCAAUCACUUCAAACCUGAGCUGACAAUUUUUUGGUAUGCACAAACAGGCCAAGAACGCUUCCGAACAAUCACCACUGCCUAUUAUCGCGGCGCGAUGGGUAUCCUACUAGUAUACGAUGUUACCGAUGAGCGCUCAUUCAACAGUAAUCCCUCUCUCCUUUCUCCUUUCUCCCUUUUCCUAUCCUCCAGCUAUUCCUUGGCCCACCACCAGCUAACGUAAACAACGAUAGACAUCCGGACGUGGUUCUCUAACGUAGAGCAACACGCCACAGAAGGCGUUAAUAAAAUAUUGAUUGGAAAUAAGUGCGACUGGGAAGAGAAGCGAGUUGUGUCUACCGAGCGCGGGCAACAACUCGCCGACGAGCUAGGGAUCCCAUUCAUGGAGGUAUCCGCAAAAUCCAAUAUCAACGUCGAGAAGGCCUUUUUCAGUCUCGCAACCGACAUCAAGAAGCGGAUCAUGGACACCGCAAGGGCAGAAGAGAAAGCCGGUGGGCAAGGCAGCGUCGUUGACCCGAGCAGGGAUAGCGGAAACAUGAGCGGGAAAUGUUGUUAA